UUUGACCAUUGUGCAAGUGAAAUGGCAACGCGUUGACUUGGAAACGUGGAGAAAAGAAGUGACUCCCGUUUUUGUUUUGUAUUUUCGGCACUAAAAAACUAAGCAACAGUUUCCACAUUCAAAGUUCUUAGUCCCGUACUUUAAGACAUAAAGGAGGGUCCACUGUUGAGCUGCUGGACAAUGGGAGCUGAUAAACGAGUAAGUCGCACAGAACGUAGUGGGAGGUAUGGACCGGACCAGAGUCGGGACGACUCAGAGUGGCGAGAGCGACGGGACAGGGACCCAGAGCGCGAGUAUGAGCGGCGCUGGAGUGAUGACAGGCGCGGGGACCGUUACGAUGACCGACGGAGCCGAGACAGUCCCGAGAGAGAGAGGAAGCGGCACAACAGCGACAGGUCUGAAGAUGGCUACCACUCAGAUGGAGAUUACCAAGACCAGGACUACAGGGGAGAGCUCGGGGAGGAGAAGGAGAGCAAGACCAUCAUGCUUAGGGGCCUGUCGCUGCAUGUCACUGAGGAGGAUAUCCGAGCGGCUCUGGACCAGCUGCAGGGACCUCAGCCCGCUGACGUUCGGCUGAUGAAGAAGAGGACAGGUAUAAGCCGAGGGUUCGCCUUCGUGGAGUUUUAUCACUUGCAAGAUGCUACCCGAUGGAUGGAGACCAAUCAGAAACAGCUGGUGAUCCAGGGCAAGAAUGUGGCCAUGCACUACAGCAAUCCCCGCCACAAGUUUGAAGACUGGCUCUGUAACACGUGCGGCCUGUACAAUUUCCGGAGGAGGCUGAAGUGCUUCAGGUGUGGAGCAGCCAAAGUCGAAGGCGAGACCAGCAGCCCAAGUGGAGUGACCCCUGAACCUCAGCAGAGCGGAGAUUACUAUGGCGACACGAUCAUCCUGAGAAACAUCGCACCCAUGUCCACGGUAGAGGCCAUCAUGGCAGCGCUGGCACCCUACGCCAACCUGUCAGCGAGCAACAUCCGUCUGAUCAAGGACAAGCAGACGGGACAGAACCGAGGCUUUGCCUUUGUGCAGCUCUCCUCCCCUCUGGAGGCGUCCCAGCUUCUGACGAUCCUGCAGGGACUGCAGCCCCCUCUGAAACUGGACGGGAAGACCAUUGGCGUGGAUUACGCAAAGAGUGCCAGAAAGGACCUGCUUCUACCGGAUGGGAAUCGCGUCAGUGCCUUCUCAGUGGCCAGCACAGCCAUCGCUGCAGCCCAGUGGUCCUCCAGCCAGCCCCAACAGGGUGUGGCGGGACCUUCUGAGUACAGUUACCUGCAGGAGAGCUAUCCACAGUAUGCACAGUACGGCCAGGAUUUCCAGCCCUAUUACCAGCAGACAGCAGGCAUGGACCCUUCCCUGGGAGCUGGAAUACUGGGAGCUGCCCCUGGUGUGAAGACACUCCCUGUUACUUCUCCAGUUGUGGUGUCUCAGAGCGCUCAGGUCUACCAACCUCACAUCAUCACGCAACCUGCUGCACUGUCACAGCCAGCAGUCCAGCCUGCAGAGGUGGUGGAACCACAGACUACGACAACAACAGCAACAGCAACCGCAACCAUAACCGCCACAGCAACCACCGGGGCACAAGCUUCUGAGAACAAGACCGCAGUUCCUGAUACUUCCACCUAUCAGUACGAUGAAUCCUCUGGGUAUUACUACGACCCGCAGUCUGGGCUCUACUACGACCCGAGCAGCCAGUAUUACUACAACUCCCAGACACAGCAGUACUUGUACUGGGACAGCGAGAAGCAGACAUACAUCCCUGCAGCCAGUACCACCACAGCACAGACCACCACUGCAGCCACCACCAAGGAGCCCAAGGAGAAAAAAGAGAAACCCAAGAGCAAGACAGCACAGCAGAUCGCCAAAGACAUGGAGCGCUGGGCAAAAAGCCUGAACAAGCAGAAGGAGAGCUUCAGGAACUGCUUCCAGGCCCUGGGUCAGGCCAGGGAUGAGGACAAGAAGGAGUCAGCUGCAGCAGAUGCUGGCUUUGCUCUUUUUGAGAAAAAGCAGGGAGGUGGGUUUGAGAAGCAGCAGCUGAUGUCUGAGCUUGCAAAGAGCGGAGAGGAGGAAGCCCCAGUAAACCCAGUAAAGUGUGCCCUGGUGGCAGCCUAUAGUGGGGACAGUGACCCUGAGGAGGCGGAGGCAGAGAGGAAUGAAGAGGGGGCGGACAAGCUGACGGACUGGAAGAAGAUGGCCUGCCUGCUGUGCCGGCGGCAGUUCCCCAACAAGGACGCGCUGCUGCGUCACCAGCAGCUCUCCGAGCUCCACAAGCAAAACCUAGAAAUUCACAGAAGGUCCAAGAUGUCUGAAGCGGAGCUGGAGGACUUGGAGAGGAAAGAGACUGAGAUGAAGUAUAGAGACAGAGCUGCUGAGAGGCGGGAGAAGUACGGUAUUCCAGAACCUCCAGUGCCCAAGAAGAAGAAAUUCUUUGAGCCCCCCAAAACUCUGAAUUACGAGCAGCCCACCAAGGACGGGCUUAACAGUGACAACAUCGGGAACAAGAUGCUACAGGCCAUGGGCUGGAAGGAGGGCAAGGGCCUGGGCCGCAACCAGCAGGGCAUCACGGCGCCCAUCGAGGCUUCAUUAAGGAUGAAGGGAGCGGGCCUGGGUACGAAAGGCAGCUCCUACGAGCUCUCUGCUUCUGACACCUACAAGGACGCCGUGCGCAAGGCCAUGUUCGCACGCUUCACAGAGAUCGAGUGAUCGGGCCUGCCUCCGCCCAUCCUGCUUGGACCCAACGGGAGGCGCUCAGAGAGACUGCCCC